UAAGUAGGUUAGUUAUCACGUGUUUGUUAUCUCUGUGUUUAUUUCCGUAACUUCGAUAAAUUAGAUUUUAACUGCAUCAGAAGAAGAAUCCUGUCUGAAGUAGUUAGCAGUAUCUGCUAAUACGCGUAUGUGAAGGCCGAAGAGACAGCGAUGUUGCACCCUGGGCAGAGCAUACGACCUCAUCUGUCCCAGCAGAUGGCGAUGAGGCUGGUGCAGCGACUGUAUGGCCUGAAAGACAUAGCGAUCGUCGAACUGAACGGGUAUGAUGAUAAGAACUACCACGUGAAGAUCUGUGGAGAUAGGAAUGAGUCACGUUUAUGGGCACAUGGAUUUGUUCUGAAAGUGAUGAAUUCACUAGAUUCGCAGAAGCUACCAUUGAUUGAGGCACAGACAGAAAUUGCUCUGUACUUGGGAGCUCAUGGAGUAAACUGUCCACAGCCUGUCAAGAACCUGUCCGGAAAUUAUUACUCGUUGGAGGAAUUAACUGCAAACGACUCCAGCGGUCAGAAGCAUGUGGUACGUUUGCUCACCUAUCAGCCCGGCAAGCUACUGAAAGAAGUGCCGUGUACAAAACAGUUGAUGCUGAAGGUGGGAAAGUUCGUAGCAGAGAUAGAUCAUAUGCUAAAGGGCUUUCACCACCCUGCCUACGACAACAACAAGAGCGUAUGGUCAUUGGAAUCUGUUCCAUUACUCAGAAAAUUCACGUUUUCAAUUCAAGAUGCUGAAAGGAAUGCUUUAGUUAACACCAUAAUUGAUGCUUUUGAGACAGCAGUGGUAUCAGUAUUUGACGCUAUGGAGAAAGGUCUAAUCCAUGGUGAUUUCAAUGAGCAGAAUGUGGUGGUUGGAGCCAAUCCUUCUGACUGUUCCUGGGAUAUUGCUGCAGUGCUUGACUUUGGGGACACUCAGCACUCAUGUUAUCUGUUUGAACUGGCCAUCUGCAUCUGCUACAUGAUGCUUCUAGCUGCAGAUUCAAACCCUCUAGAUGUAGGUGGACAUGUAAUAGCAGGUUAUAGCAUGGUUCGCACCCUGCCAGAUGUUGAAUUUAGCAUUUUGAAGAUAUGUGUGAGUGCUCGACUGUGUCAGAGUUUAGUGUUGGGUGCUUACUCCUACCUGCAAGACCCAGGGAAUGAAUAUUUGCUUACCACAUCCCAGAAGGGCUGGGACGUGUUACAGCUAAUUUGGAACACACCAAACAAUGACCUCAUGAGCAAAUGGAAAGAAACUGUCACAUCAUAUCAAGAAUAAUUACUGCAGUUACUGUGCUGCAGGAAGAAAUUAUUUCUUAAAUUUGUCAUUACCACCACCGCCGCCACCAGUAUAUGUCACAAAAAUCAUUUCUCUUAAUAUGCCAUAUUGGUACCUGAUUUAAAAAUGUAAAAAUAUAAAUAAAUGUAUUCAUAAAGAUUAAAUGUAAUACAAGCU